AUGGCGUCGACGUCGAAAUCGCCGCGUGAUGAUCCCAUAUGGACGUCCCUGCGCGCCGGCGCGCAGGCGUUGGUGGAUAAAGAACCGUUGAUGGGUGGGUUCGUGUACGCCACGAUCCUGAACCAACCGACGUUCGAGCGCGCGUUGGGGUUCUUGUUGGCUUCUAAAAUUGCAAACGCCACGAUACUCGCGGGGCAGUGGAACGAUUUGAUUAUGGAUGCCAUGAACGCGACGAACGAGGGAAAAAAUCGAGAAUAUAACGGACCUGGAACGGGUUCGAUCGGGGACGCCGCGCGAGCGGACCUCAAGGCGAUCGUCGAACGCGAUCCAGCGUGCCCGUCGUACACGCACGCGUUUUGCUUCUUCAAAGGGUUUCAGGGACUGCAGGCGCAACGCGUGGCACACUGGCUUUGGGGACAUCAGCGAAAAGUUUUGGCGUGUAAGAUGCAAAGCUUGAUUUCAGAGGUGUACGGGAUGGAUCUUCACCCGGCGGCGAGAUUCGGGCGAGGGAUCAUGAUCGACCACGGGCACGGAGUCGUCGUCGGCGAGACGGCGGUCGUGGACGACGAUUGCACGCUCUUGCACGGGGUGACCUUGGGGGGGACAGGGAAAGUGCGAGGUGAUAGACAUCCAAAGCUCGGCAAGCGCGUCGUCGUCGGGUCGAACGCAAGCGUACUCGGGAAUAUUAAAGUUGGGCACGACUGCAAAAUUGGCGCGGGCGCCGCCCUCAUGCACGACUUACCACCGAGAACAACAGUCGUUGGUCACAAAGGACGCGUGGUGACGAAGAAGCAGAUAACAUCGAAGCUUUAA